AUGUCAACCCAAAAACAACCGAGGCGGUUUGCACUGCUUGUUGGGAUCGACUGCUACCUUGCGGGAGACGCAAGAAGAUUCAGCAGUGGCCGCUGCGUCUCGAUCAACAACCUCGAAGGAUGCGUAAACGAUGUCAAUAUCAUGAAAGAAGUUCUGAAUAACGAUUUCAGGAUACCAAAUCCAACAGUUCUGACGUCACCUCCCUCAACACAAGGGGCUGAGCUUCCAACCUUCGCCGGCAUUGAGAAAGCAUUCGAACACAUUUAUGACUUUACGGAGUCCGGAGAUAUUUUCUUCUUCUAUUUCUCUGGACACGGGGCACGACUAAGGCCAAUAUCUGUAUCGCCCACCGGAGCAGCUUUCGAUCCAUCCCUGCUGCCUAUGGACUUCUGUCUAGGAGAGCCAGCUAUCCGUGGAUGGCAGCUCAACCAGUGGUUGCAGAAGUUCAGCCAUAAACAGGUUCAAGUCCUUGCCAUCAUUGAUAGCUGUCACGUGGCUGGCUCAGAGAAAUCUGGUGAGCGGUACAGGACCCCCCUCAAUUGGGAUGUCAUCAAUUUACUCCCACAAGAUGAGCUAGCGGUCCGUGAUAUCCACAGCGCCGCUCAAGACCAGCCCAGCCUUCAAACAUCAUGGUCGAUGUACCCAGAGACUUUCACAUUGAUGGCAGCUUGUGAGGAUGAUAAGAGCACUGCAGAAAUGCUAAUUGAUGGAAGUUGGGUUGGCGUGUUCACGAAAACGAUCGCCGACAUCUUCCGAACAUCCGGGGCUGACGAAGGAAGUCUGACAUAUUGUCACCUAAAGGAACGUUUGGCGAGAAGGCUUCGAGCGCAGCAUUCUGUCGUUCAUGGUCAAGACCGGCUACUAUUCUUGGGUGAUGGACGGUCUUAUCCACGGUCACAUCUCAUCGCCUGGUUCCAGGAUGGCAAAGUUCAUCUUCCCAUUGGGAAAGCUCACGGGGUCCACAGCUCCUCCGAAUUCAUGCCCAUUUCGGCACCUAGCAGAUUUGCUUUUAGAAUGGACCACAUUGAAGAUUUCUACUCGACGGUUCAGCUUCAGUUUGAGGUCUGCGAAGCUCUGGCUAGAGAUGAUUUUCGAGUCGUCGCCUUCCGGUGGAGCUUAGGAAGCCGACAAUUGCGUGUUUCCUAUGACGCCACCGUCAAUAGUACGCUCCAGGAGUACAUUCUCCACGCCCUGAAAUAUCGUGUUUCCAGUGCGAUAGAAUUUGCGGCAACCGGCCAUUCUGACAAGCGUCGUUCAGACUCUUUGCACAUCAAUCAGCAACCUCAUGGCGGCGUUUUUGUUCAAAAGCCGACACAUCUCAUAGGCUACGAAGGACUAGCUCAUGACUCGAGCGUAAGCGGCAACACAAUCGAUCAUACUGCAGAAAAGGUCGCAGAUCAUAUAUUGCGCGUUUCUCGCUUCGAGCAGGCUCUGCAGCUUCGAGAUAAUACGUCGCCUGGGCCUAGACCGUUCGAAGUACUUAUUCAGCCACUUCAUGGCCUCUCUUCCAUGGGUCCGUUCCCCCACAAUCAGCAAUUCGUAUUCAGGCUUCACAGCGAGUGCGAAGAGGAUCUUUUCUUCACCUUAAUGAACUUUUCUCCUGGCUUUGGGAUUCGGCAGGGUUUUCCUGAAGACGGGUUUUCGGCGAGGCUUGGGGCGCAUGAGACCAUCGCGUUCCCAUUCACCAUGAACAUGGCCGAUGAACUCAAGAUACCAGCAAUGAUAAACGAGGAACAAGUCAUCCGAGAUAUUGUCCGUAUCAUCGUUGUUCAAGGCGGGGAGGUAUCUUGGAAAAGCCUAGAGCAGCCCAACGUCUGGAGCUCUGGCCAAGAAAGUCGCGGCCAGACGCAGUACAGGGAUUGCAUUGUUGCAGACAAGCAUCGAAAAUGGUGGAUGGUUGAUGAAGAGAUAAUCACAAUCACCGAUGGUUUGAAAGCUCCACCACAGCACCCACCGAGACGUGCUCUGGGCUUUUUGGAUGAGCGACUGGAGCAAGUAAUGCAGCGGUUUCGUUUGGGUUGUCAAUUGUAUCUCAGCUUCUCGCGCACUGGCAACAUUGAAGAUAUCAAUCAUGCCAUCCGCGAAAUACGGCAUGCUGUCGCCGACACUACAGGUACCGGGAAGGAGGUUGAGGUUAUGCGUGCGACACUUGGAGAAAUUGGGUUUUCUCUCAGCCAGCAAUCAGCUAAUACUGAGUCCGCCGAUUAUCUCAAAAUAGCUGUGGAAGCAACGAAAGCAUCUGGCCUCUGUGGUGUUUCUCGCGAAAAGCUUCUGAAUCAGCUGGGGUCACUUCUGGGAAAAUUGUUCAAAUGCACAGAGGACCCAGCAACUUUAGAAGAAGCCAUUCGAGUUACCAAGGAAGCAGCUUCUUCUACCAAUGGCAACUACUUGGAACAAGCCACGGCCUUAAUAAAUCUGUGCAAUCGACUGAGCGAGAGAUUCAAGCAUACUGGCCUGCUGUCGCACCUUGACGAUGCGAUUGACUUUGGCCGCGAGGCUAUGGAGAAAACACAGCGCAUCCCUCAAUACUGGAACAUUCAAACAUCGAUUGCUGCCAAUCUUGGAUUGUCAUUAUGCGACAGAUUUUCAGUCACAGGCCGAAACGAGGACCUUAAUGAAGGCAUCAAUCUGUGCGCAGUCGCUGUCUUGCAAGCAAGUCCGACUGAUCCUAACCGUGCCCCCUGGCUCAAUAACCUCGGUCUCGCGCACAACCACCAGUAUUCUGUCUCGAACAAUAUGAAUGAUCUCGAUGAAGCUAUACGGGUGACACAAGAUGCUUUGACUAGCAUCCAUCCCCGGCAUCCGGCACGCAGUGGAAUCAUUUUUAACCUAGCCUCACGGCUCAGGGACAGGUCACGUUCUACUGGAUCGAUAGAAGACUUGAAUGAAGCUGUGAGGCACUUCCGGGACAUUCACGUGUCAGGUUACGCUGGCAAUCUUCCAAGUCAGAAGAUUGAGAGAUCAAAACGACUUAGUCUCUUAGGCAUUUCUUUGGGAGAACGAUUUGAAAGGACCCAUCAACGUACUGAUAUCGAAGAAUCCGUCAAGAUUUUAAAGAUGUCUCUUGCAGCACAACCGGAAGGAUCUACUGAAAGAGGGGUACGAUUGCAGAACGUAGCCAAUGCUCUACGUUCGAAAUUUGAGCUGUUGAGAGAUGUACGUGACAUCGAAGAGGCCAUCUCUUUACGAAGACAAGUUCUUCAAGAGAAAUUUGACUUCGGUCUGAAUCGCGAAGAGCUUCUGGAGAGUAUGGUGGUUGAUCUGCAUUUGAAGGCCAUGAAGACGAAGUCCCUGGUGGAUCUGGAACAAGCCAUCCAGGGCUGGAAACAGACAAUUGCAUCAGCCUCCGAAGGUCAAUCAGAGAAAGCGAGUCGACUCGAACGAUUGGCAAUGGUGCUUUACACUAGGUUUCAGGUAACCGGUGACACAUCCAAUCUUGACGAAGCGGUCAAUUCCUGUCGGAACGCUCUAUCAGUGGCGACAUCUCCUAGCGACUGCAUCGAUAUUCGACGUACUCUGUCCAUCUGUCUGUCCGCAAGAGCGUCCCAUACAGGAGCCAUGAAAGACACAGAUGACUGUAUCAAGCUCUCCAAAGAGACACUGGCAGAUUCUGGCAUUCAAGAUUCAGACAGGCGCAUUUUUCUAAGUUGUCUUGGGUCUUGCUUCGAAAUUCGGCACUCAAACACCGGAUCAAUGGAUGAUCUCAACCAGAGCAUUCAUUUCAACAGGCAGUCAGUGGAUAUUUUACCCGCCGAUGACGACCACAAACCUUCCGAAAUAUCCAACUUAGCAACUGCACUCCAGACCAGAUUCCAACGAACAGGACAAAUGAUAGACAUCAAUGAGGCUAUUCGACUUCUGAAAGAGCUGAUUUAUACUAGGCCCGGUGACGUGGAAGAUGAGACCGUAUUCCGAACAAAUCUGGCCGGUCUUUUGGCCGAGAGAUACAUCAGAACAUCAAACAUGCAUGACAUCGACGAAGCAAUCGAACUGGCACGACAAACGAUCCCGUACAGACACGCCAACAGGCCUUCUCGCUUGAAUAACCUGGCUGGCCUUUUGCAGCGGAGAUAUAACUACAAAAAGCAACCAGAAGACCUCACUGAAGCGGUCCAAUUCUCCCGGGAGGCCGCUUUGACUAUGAACAACCAAAAUCCUAAUCAUGCGGCGCUUCUUUCCAAUCUCGCAGUUGUUCUCUCUGAGAAACAUCGCAUUUCCAUGGCAUCGGAUGAUCUAGAUGAAGCAAUUCGGUUCGGGAAGGAAGCUGUUGAAAAAACUCGGGCUGAUCAUCCAGAACGAGCCAAAAGGACCUUUUUUCUUGGGCUCGAUCUUGAGCAUCGACAUGCACACUCCAGAGAUCUAGAUGAUCUCGAGACAGCCAAGAAGUGCCAUCUUGAAGCCCUGCACACCACUAAUAGCGGAGCCAAUGUACGCAUACACGCAGGCCAUCGGUUUAUGUCUAUCUGCGACAUAGCUGCCCAACAUGAAGAGGCAUUCUCUGCUGCUGAGACCGUUGUAGCGCUCAUUCCUUUGAUGGCGUCUUUAAGCCUGCAGCCCGCAGAUAAGCGACAUUUUCUUUCACAGGUUGUUGGACAUACCUCUGAUGCUGCAGCCAUUGCACUUGCAGUGGGCAAAUGUCCAGCAUCUGCGGUCGAACUAUUGGAGACUGGUCGGGGUGUAAUUUCAAGCACUCUCCAAGACCUGAGAGCUGAUGUCACGACCCUAGCAAGGUUUAAUCCAGAACUGGCCGGACGUUUCGUGGAAAUCCGCAAUAAGCUAGAUGCUCCAAUGGUUGUCUCCUCCAGGAAAGCAGACUUUCCUAUCCAAAGUCAUGACAGGAUUGUCGGAGCCUUUCCAUUCGAAGGCGAUCAGCGCCACGAGGCCAGUGGUCAGUUGAGCGAUUUGUUGGCCGAGAUCCGCGAUGUUCCUGGAUUCGAUAGGUUCCUUCUCGCCGGGACUGAGAUGCAAAUGAGAGAAGCAGCUGCUGGAGGUCCCAUUAUCAUCAUCAACGUGGGUGCCCAUAGGCGCGACGCCUUGGUCAUCGACCAAAAGGGCAUUCGUGCGUUGGAGCUCUCAGGUCUAAGUAUUGAGGAUAUACAUUCUCGCUCAAAUACCCUGGACUCGGCGAAGACACUUGAAUGGCUAUGGGAUGUCGCUGUCGGACCUAUUCUUGACUUCCUCGGGUUUACUGGUACGCCAGGUGAGGGCAUGCCGUGGCCGCGGGUUUGGUGGAUUCCGACAGGCGCGCUCGUGCGGUUCCCCCUUCAUGCUGCCGGUUAUCACCUUCGUCGCAACUCAGAUACGGCCAUGGACAGGGUGAUAUCGUCGUACAGCUCGUCUGUAAAAGCCAUCACAAACGCUCGAAGACAGCGGUUCCUUGUUGAUGGGGACCCCGAGUCAGGCUCAAAUGCUAUCCUCAUUUCCAUGUCAGAAACUCCAAAACACUCGAGUCUUCAGCAUGCAAAGAGGGAAAUCGACGAGGUCAGCAAAAUCUGUUCAUCCAUGGGCUUGCCAUUUGAACAUCCAGAGAACAACAAUCGAGAUGUUUUGGAUGCUCUAGACAACUGCAAGAUCUUCCAUUUUGCUGGGCACGGAGGUACCCAUCCUAAAGACCCAUUGAAAAGUCUCCUUCUCCUCAAAGACUACGACAGCUUUCCCCUUACGGUCGGAAGCCUCCUUGACAAGAACCUACAGUCGAAGAGGCCUUUCCUCGCCUACCUUUCGGCAUGCGGCACCGGCGAGAUCAAAGAUAAAAACUCUGUUGAUGAGAGUAUUCACUUGACCAGUGCUUUUCAGCUUGCGGGGUUUCAACACGUUGUUGGUACACUCUGGAGCGUCGACGACGCGGUGUGUGUGGAUGUUGCAAGAGCCACCUAUGAAGCGAUCCAGGAGCAUGGAUUCAAAGACACUUCUUGA